UCUUCGGACCCUGGGGGCCUCCGCGGACACAGUGCCUCAAAGCGGCCGCCAGAGGAAGAGAGGAGGGCGCGAGCCAACGACCGAGAGUACAAUGAGAAGUUCCAGUACGCGAGUAACUGCAUCAAGACCUCCAAGUACAAUAUUCUCACCUUCCUGCCUGUCAACCUCUUCGAGCAGUUCCAGGAAGUGGCCAAUACCUACUUCCUGUUCCUUCUCAUUCUGCAGUUGAUUCCGCAGGUGUCUUCCCUUUCCUGGUUCACCACCAUUGUGCCUUUGGUCCUUGUCCUUGCCAUCACAGCUGUGAAAGAUGCCACCGACGAUUACUUCCGCCACAAGAGUGACAACCAGGUGAAUAACCGGCAGUCUCAAGUGCUGAUCGAUGGAAGCCUCCAGCAAGAGCAGUGGAUGAAUGUCCGUGUUGGCGAUAUCAUCAAACUAGAAAAUAACCAGUUUGUGGCGGCGGAUCUCCUCCUCCUUUCCAGCAGUGAGCCCCACGGUCUGUGUUACAUCGAGACAGCGGAGCUUGAUGGAGAGACCAACAUGAAAGUGCGGCAGGCUAUUCCGGUCACCUCGGAGCUGGGGGACAUCAGCAGGCUCGCCAAGUUUGAUGGUGAGGUGGUCUGCGAGCCUCCGAACAACAAGCUGGACAAGUUCAGUGGGGCCCUUUACUGGAAGGAGAGCAAGUUCCCGCUGAGCAACCAGAACAUGCUCCUGCGGGGCUGCGUGCUGCGUAACACCGAGUGGUGCUUCGGGCUGGUGGUCUUUGCAGGUCCUGACACUAAGCUGAUGCAGAACAGCGGCAGGACGAAGUUCAAGAGAACGAGUAUUGAUCGCCUAAUGAACACCCUGGUGCUCUGGAUUUUUGGAUUCCUGGUCUGCAUGGGGGUGAUCCUGGCCAUCGGCAAUGCCAUCUGGGAGCACGAGGUCGGGACGCGUUUCCAGGUCUACUUGCCCUGGGACGAGGCGGUGGACAGUGCCUUCUUCUCUGGCUUCCUCUCCUUCUGGUCCUACAUCAUCAUCCUCAACACCGUCGUGCCCAUAUCGCUCUAUGUCAGCGUGGAGGUCAUCCGCCUGGGCCACAGCUACUUCAUCAACUGGGACAGGAAGAUGUUCUGCGUGAAGAAGCAGACGCCCGCCGAGGCCCGCACCACCACCCUGAACGAGGAGCUGGGCCAGGUGGAGUACGUCUUCUCCGACAAGACGGGCACGCUCACCCAGAACGUCAUGGUCUUCCACAAGUGCUCCGUCCGCGGCCGCAGCUACGGGGACGUGUUUGAUGUCCUGGGACACAAAGCUGAACUGGGAGAGAGACCACAGCCCGUCGACUUCUCCUUCAACCCUCUGGCUGACAAGAAGUUCCUAUUCUGGGACCCCACCCUCUUGGAGGCCGUCAAGAUGGGGGACCCCCACACCCAUGAGUUCUUCCGGCUCCUCUCCCUGUGUCAUACCGUCAUGUCGGAAGAGAAGAACGAGGAUUUGCAGCUGCUGGGUGCCACGGCCAUUGAGGACAGGCUGCAGCAAGGGGUUCCGGAGACCAUUGCCCUCCUGACGCUGGCCAACAUCAAGAUCUGGGUGCUGACCGGGGACAAGCAAGAGACGGCUGUGAACAUCGGCUAUUCCUGCAAGAUGCUGACGGACGAUGUGACGGAGGUGUUCGUCGUCACCGGCCACACUGUUCUGGAAGUGCGGGAGGAGCUCAGGAAAGCCCGGGAGAAGAUGAUGGACUCACCCCACACCGUGGGGAACGGCUUCACCUGCCAGGAGAAACGUCCUUCCUCCAAGCUCACGUCUGUCCUGGAGGCUGUCGCUGGGGAGUACGCCCUGGUCAUCAACGGGCACAGCCUGGCGCACGCGCUGGAGGCAGACAUGGAGCUGGAGUUCCUGGAGACGGCCUGUGCCUGCAAGGCCGUCAUCUGCUGCCGCGUGACCCCUUUGCAGAAGGCACAGGUGGUGGAACUGGUUAAGAAGCACAAGAAGGCCGUGACCCUCGCCAUUGGGGACGGAGCCAACGACGUCAGCAUGAUCAAAACGGCCCACAUUGGCGUGGGCAUCAGCGGACAGGAGGGCAUCCAGGCGGUGCUGGCCUCCGACUACUCCUUCUCCCAGUUCAAGUUCCUGCAGCGCCUCCUGCUGGUGCACGGGCGCUGGUCCUACCUGCGCAUGUGCAAGUUCCUCUGCUACUUCUUCUACAAGAACUUCGCCUUCACCAUGGUCCACUUCUGGUUUGGCUUCUUCUGUGGUUUCUCAGCCCAGACCGUCUACGACCAAUAUUUCAUCACGCUCUACAACAUCGUGUACACCUCCCUUCCGGUCCUGGCUAUGGGGGUCUUCGACCAGGACGUCCCCGAGCAGCGGAGCAUGGAGUACCCUAAGCUGUACGAGCCGGGCCAGCUCAACCUCCUCUUCAACAAGCGGGAGUUCUUUAUCUGCAUCGCGCAGGGCAUCUACGCAUCCGUGCUCGUGUUCUUCCUCCCCUACGGGGUGUUUGCCGAGGCCGCGCGGGAUGACGGCGCCCAACUGGCCGACUAUCAGUCUUUCGCAGUCACCGUGGCCACCUCGCUGGUCAUCGUCGUGAGCGUGCAGAUCGGGCUGGACACGGGCUACUGGACGGCCAUCAACCACUUCUUCAUCUGGGGCAGCCUGGCGGUCUACUUCGCCAUUCUCUUCGCCAUGCACAGCGAUGGGCUCUUCCGCAUGUUCCCGAACCAGUUCCGGUUCGUGGGCAAUGCCCAGAGCAGCCUGGCCCAGCCCACCGUGUGGCUGACCAUCGCGCUCACCACGGUCGUCUGCAUCCUGCCUGUGGUCGCCUUUCGCUUCCUCAAGCUGAGCCUGAAGCCCGAUCUCUCUGACACGGUGCGCUACAGCCAGCUGGUGAGGAAGAAGAGGGCCCAGCACCACCGCACGCGGAGGCCCGGCCGCACCAGCUCCCGCCGCUCGGGCUACGCCUUCGCCCACCAGGAGGGCUUCGGGGAGCUCAUCAUGUCCGGCAAGAACAUGCGGCUCAGCUCCCUGGGGCUGGCCGGCUUCGCCACGCGCUCCGGCUCCGGCUGGAUCGAGAGCCUGCGCAGGAAGAGGAGUGACAGCCCGGGCAGCCCCCCCGACAAGCCCCUGAAGGGCUGA